ACAUAUCGAUAGAGCAUUCGACUCUUCUCUAUAAACAUAAUAAUAACAAGGCACGUGAAUUUUUCUUAAAUUGUAAAUAAACUAAUAUUGGCACUAACUAAUGUCAUCUUCGAGUGAGUCCUUGGCCGCAGCUGAUCACGGUGCGACUAGCGAUGAGGAAACACAGUGCGCAGUUCGCGAGGAUCUUAAGACUAUGUCUUUUGAAGAGAUAAUGAAGCUCAAGGAACAGCUGGGCGCAAAAGUCUACAAGGAAGCUGUUCUUGGCAGUAAAAGUGUCAAGCGUAAACAGCCGAAAUCAAAAGUAGAACUUAAAAGACUGAACAAAAAUCGACCUCGGGAGAUAAGUUCAAAGCGUCAAGUGCCAUUUUUAGGCGCUGAAUUGCGAGUGGAACGUAAGAAAGAAGCGGAGCUACGUGAUCCCCGUUUCGAUGAAAAGUCGGGCGUCUAUGAUAUAGAUACAUUCAAGCAAAACUAUCAAUUCGUAACGAAAAUUCGUGACAAGGAAGUGGACCGGCUGAAAAAACGCUUGGACCAUGUUCAAGAUGAUGAGGAAAAGCUGAAAAUAAAGCAUACCAUGCAAAGACUCGUUAAUAAGAAUGUGGAGGAUAAACGCUGGCACAUCAAGCAAAACCUAUUAAGAGAGGAGCGUAAGGAGAUCCAAAAGGCGCACGACGAGGGACGCCAACCACACUAUGUGACAAAACAGGAAAGGCGUGCAAGGGAAUUGGUUGCUCAAUUUGAGCAGCUGAAAGAUACUGGAAAACUAAGCAAACAUCUGGAGAAGCGACGCAAGAAGAAUGCUGCAAAGGAUCGAAAGCGUAUAAGCAUUGAAUAGACAUAGAUAUUUUAGUUAUAAAUGUAUAUAUAUAUAUAUAUUAACGAUUUAUAUAAUAUAUUUAGCCCGUU